AUGCACGUUCACCCUCUAAUACGCCGAGCGCGAACGGUAUAUCGGCGCAUGCCAAAUGGAGCAGCUCGAGAGAACACUGAGACAGGAACAGUACUCAAAAGCAAAGCACAGGUAAAUCCCGAAGGCCAGGAUGAUCUCACGUUGAGCUACACCACUUCCGAGCCCCGCGACCACAUACCAGAUGAACAUGCCCAGCGGGGUGUUCAAGAUGUUGAGGCUGUGGCAUUGACCUGGUCAAAAGGCUACCUGAUUGCAGUCUUCAUCAAUAUUUGGUGCUUAUAUUUCGUUAAUGCAUUCCAAGCAACAAUGAACACCAGUCUCAAUCCCUAUGUGACGAGCAGCUUCCAAUCACAUUCGCUCUCUGGGGUUCCCACUGCGCUCGGCGAUGCCUUUGCGGCUGCCACAUACCUUCCAAUGGCGAAGUUGAUGGACGUUUGGGGCCGCGCCGAGGGGUUUUUAUUUAUGAUAAUAUGUCUUACGAUCGGAUUGAUUCUCAUGGCGACCUGUCAAACAUUUGAAACAUACUGUGCCGCCAAUGUUUUCUGGUACAUUGGUUUCUACGGCACAGAGUAUGCAAUCGAUGUUGUCACUGCCGAUGCUUCGACCCUUCAGAACCGUGCCUUUGCAUAUGCGUUUACAUCCUCCCCAUACAUUAUCACCGCUUUUGCUGGACCAAAAGUGGCAGAGCAAUUUUACUAUGAGAUUUCCUGGAGAUGGGGGUUUGGCGCCUGGGCAAUCAUCACGCCUAUCGUCGCUACACCUCUAUACGUUAUGUUGAGGUACAAUCUUUAUAAAGCUGAAAAGGAGGGAUAUAGGAUCAAGAGACCAAGUGGUCGUACCAUGUUGGAGAGUAUCUGGCAUUGGACCGUACAGUUUGAUUUGUUUGGUGUCUUGAUCUUUACUUUCGGGCUGGUCCUUUUCGAGCUUCCAUUCGAUAUUGCUGCUUAUGCUCCCGAUGGCUGGGCCUCGGGGUAUAUCAUUGCGAUGCUUGUCGUCGGGUUCUCGAUGCUAUUCUUUUUUGCAAUUUGGGAGAAAUUCCUGGCCCCCGUGCCCGUGCUCGAGUGGCGUUUGCUCACGAAUCGUACCAUCAUCGGUGCGAUUCUCCUGGAUGCAACCUAUCAGCUUUCUAACUAUUGCUGGAGCUAUUACUAUACCUCCUGGUUACAGGUGAAUAAUGAUCUCACUAUCACCACCUCCAAUUACAUUAGCAAUAUCUUUGACAUGGUCUCGGGUGUGCUUCUGCUUCUUCUCGGAUGGUUUAUACGCAUGGUUGGUCGUUUCAAAUGGACCUUGUACAUUGCAGUUCCACUUUACAUUUUUGCUCAGGGACUGAUGAUUCACUUCCGCACUCCAAACGGCAACGUGGGCUACCAGGUGAUGUGCCAGAUUUUCCUGGCUAUCGGAGGCUCGGUCUUCAUUCUGGUUGAGCAGCUUGCAAUUUUAGCUGCUGUGGAUCACCAACACGUUGCCACCGCCCUCGCUCUACUGAAUGUGGCUGGGACCAUCGGAGAUAGUGCAGGAAUAACCAUCAGUACAAUCAUUUGGCAGGAGACGUACCGAAAAGCUCUUCAUCGAUACCUUCCUGCAUCGGCGUUGCCAGAUCUUAAUAGCAUUUACGAGGAUCUCACAACUCAAACGAGUUAUCCUAUUGGGACCCCAGUCAGGCUGGCGAUUCAGAAGGCCUACGCUUAUGCCGAACUCAGACUGCUUGCUGUCGGGUGUGGUAUCAUGGUUCUAGCAAUUCCUUGGACUAUUUUGAUCAAGGAUAUGGAUCUUAAGAAGAAACCACAGGUCCGGGGAACGGUCUUCUAG